AUGGCCGAGCAUGAGCAGUCCACGCUCAAGCACGGCGAGCAUCUCCUCCUCGACCAACCGCUUCUCCGCCUCCCCAACGAGCUCCUACGCAAAACUUUCCGUGCCGCCCAUUUUACCAUUGAAAAGGACACAUCGGCGCUCAAGACGCUGCUCAAGGACGCCGCUACGGCCGCCGCCUCGGGCCGCGCUACGCAGCACGAUGCCCUGCGCAACCUCGACGCCAUGCUCGGUCGCAUGCGCGGCGUCCGCCGCCGGCUGGCCGUCCAUGCCCGCGACGAGGAGCGCCUGCACGCUCAGGCCGCCGCCCGCAUCUUCCACCUCGACCAGCUCUACGCCGUCCGCGGCGGGCCCGAGGACCUCGCCUACGAGGCCUGGAGCCGCCGCCGCCUCGACCGCCUGCUCGCCGAUUACCUCCUGCGCCACGGGUACAGUGAGAGCGCCGAGCAGCUCGCAAAGGAGCGCGGUAUCGAGGCGCUCGUGGAUGUCGACACCUUCAAGGCCAUGAGUCGCAUCCGCGAGGCGCUUCUCGGUGGCAGCAUCGCAGAGGCGCUGGCGUGGUGCACCGAGAAUAAAAAGGAGCUGCGCAAGAUGGAGAGCAAACUCGAGUUCCUCCUCCGCUUCCAGCAGUACAUUGAGCUCAUCCGCUCCCAAUCCCAGCCCAAGCUCCUCGAAGCCAUCGCUCACGCCAAGAAGCACCUCAUCCCCUACUGGCACGCAUACCCCGCCGAGGUCAAGCAGGCCAGCGGCCUCCUCGCCUUCCCGCCUUCCCGCGCCCGCGGCAGCGCCCGCGGCGCCUACGCCCACCUGUACGCGCCCCAGCGCUGGGCCCAGCUCGCCGACGUCUUCACCGCCGCCCACAACACCCUCCUCGGGCUGCCCUCGGCGCCGCUCCUCCAUCUCGCCCUCUCCUCCGGGCUCUCCGCCCUCAAGACGCCCGCCUGCCAUGCCUCCUCGUCUGCCGACGGCAAGCCACCACCCCCACCGUCCACCAUUGGUCACGGUGUCUGCCCCAUCUGCUCCGUCGAGCUCAACGACCUCGCGCGCAACGUGCCUUACGCGCACCACACAAAGAGCCAUGUCGAGCACGAUCUCGUCCUCCUGCCCAACGGUCGCGUCUACGGUAAGGACCGCCUCGAAGACCAGUCCCGGAAGGCGGGCCUGCCGCCAGCCCUCGUUAGGGACGUGCUCACGGGCGAGGUGUACGCUGCCGACGCCCUCAAGCGAGUAUACAUUACGUAG